UGCAGUGACCAAACUAAAACAACAAAAUGAAGACACCUUUGCCUUCUUCUUCUUCUUCCUCCUCCGUGCUUAGAAAAGCUCGGUUGUCUCCCUACCUUUUCACCUUAAUAGCUUUCAUUGUAUUUGUUGCCGUCCUCUAUGGCGAGGACUUCAUGUGCCUCUUUGGUCAGCUCGAACUCGGCAUAGAUCGACCCCUAAGAACAGAGAAGAAAAGGGGAAAGUUGCCAUUUGCCAUAGGAAAGACGGAAGAAGGGUGUGACAUAUUUAGUGGGAGAUGGGUGAGGGACGAGUUGAACCGACCAUUCUACGAGGAGUCAGAAUGUCCCUAUAUACAGCCGCAGCUGACAUGUCAAGAACACGGCAGACCAGAUAAGGACUACCAGCACUGGCGGUGGCAACCUCAUGGCUGCUCUCUUCCCGAGUUUAAUGCGACAUUGAUGCUGGAGACGCUGCGAGGGAAGAGGAUGAUGUUCGUGGGAGAUUCUCUGAAUCGUGGUCAGUAUGUUUCCAUGAUCUGUCUUCUCCAUAGACUCAUUCCUGAACAUGCCAAAUCCAUGGAAACCUUUAAUUCCGAUUCCCUCACUAUCUUCACAGCCAAGGAGUAUAAUGCCACAAUUGAAUUCUACUGGGCACCAUUUCUUUUGGAAUCAAAUGCAGACAAUGCAAUUGUUCAUAGGAUAUCUGACAGGGUUGUAAAGAAAGGUUCUAUAAACAAGCAUGGCAAACAUUGGAAAGGUGUCGACAUUAUGGUUUUCAACAGCUAUCUUUGGUGGAUGACAGGCCUCAAGAUGAAGAUUUUGAAAGGAUCUUUUGAUGAUGAGGAUAAAGAAAUAGUGGAGGUCUCAACCGAGGACGCUUACCGUAUGGCAAUGAGAAGCAUGCUAAGAUGGGCUAGGAAAAAUAUGAAUCCCAAAAAGACAAGGGUCUUCUUCACCAGCAUGUCUCCUACUCAUGGAAAGAGCAUUGACUGGGGUGGUGAGGAGGGCAAAAACUGUUACAAUGAAACGACAUUGAUAGAAGAUCCGACGUACUGGGGAUCGGAUUCUAGAAAGGGUGUAAUGAAGGUGAUCGGAGAAGUGUUCAGUCAAUCAAAGUUUCCAAUUACAUUCCUCAACAUCACACAACUCUCAAGCUAUCGGAAGGAUGCACACACUUCAAUCUACAAGAAGCAGUGGAAUCCAUUGACAGAGGAGCAGCUGGCGAAUCCUGCAAGCUAUGCAGAUUGCGUUCAUUGGUGUUUGCCUGGCCUUCAAGAUACUUGGAAUGAACUUCUCUUUACUAAGCUUUUCUAUCCUUGACUUCACGCACUGUCUUUCAUUUAACAAGAUGUGGAUCAAUUAAUCCUUUUUUGAAAAAUAAUUCCCAGUGAUUGUUGAAAAGGAAAUUUUCUUCACCAACAAACUUUUCAUCAAGCAGGGAUAGUCUUUCUGUUGUAUAGUCCUACCUAGUCCAAAUCUUUUUUUUUUUUUUUUUAAACUAUUAUACAAAUGGUUUGGAAAAUUGUAGCUCGAGGCAUGCUGUGUUCAUAUUUAGUCUGUUUAUAUUUGUAAUAAUUGAUUCCUACACUGUGAGUCUUGCUCUAUACUUCUACCAAAAGAGUAUGGAGUGUGUGAUAGUUCACCUU